GGCCUGGAUUUUCUCGGCCUCCGGCGGACGGGCCCGGGCUCGGCGGCCCCUGGCGAAAGUGCGGUGGCGAAUGAGCAGGCGCGCGCGGGGCUCGGGGGAGGCGCGCUCGGGCUCCCGGAGGCGACGACUACGACGGCCGGGAGCGCGGACGGAGGCGGCGCCUGAAGCGGCGGCGGAGCCCAUGCCCCGGGACGGCGGGCGGGCCCGGAGAGACCAGUCCGGGGCCCGGGGCAUGUCCCCGGGGCCCCCCUGAGGAGGCGGCGGCGGCGGCGAUGGAGGUCCCGCCGCAGGAGGCGCCGCCCGGGCCCGGCGACGCCGCCGAGGCCCCCGCCGAGGCCCGGGCGCCCAGCCCCACCUCGCCCCCCGCCGACGGGCGCCUCAAGGCCGCGGCCAAGCGCGUCACCUUCCCCUCCGAUGAGGAUAUCGUGUCGGGAGCCGUGGAGCCCAAAGACCCCUGGAGACACGCUCAGAAUGUGACGGUGGAUGAGGUCAUUGGCGCCUACAAGCAGGCGUGCCAGAAGUUGAGCUGCAGGCAGAUCCCCAAGCUCCUCCGGCAGCUCCAGGAGUUCACUGACCUGGGCCACCGCAUCGACUGUCUGGACCUGAAAGGCGAGAAGCUUGACUACAAGACGUGCGAGGCGCUGGAGGAGGUCUUCAAGAGACUGCAGUUCCGAGUGGUGGACCUGGAGCAGACGAGCCUGGACGAGGACGGCGCCUCGGCCCUCUUUGACAUGAUCGAGUACUACGAGUCAGCCACACACCUCAACAUCUCCUUCAAUAAGCACAUCGGCACCCGCGGAUGGCAGGCUGCCGCCCACAUGAUGCGCAAGACCAGCUGCCUACAGUACCUGGACGCCCGCAACACGCCGCUGCUCGACCACUCGGCGCCCUUCGUGGCGCGCGCCCUGCGCAUCCGCAGCAGCCUGGCCGUGCUGCACCUGGAGAGCGCCAGCCUGUCGGGCCGGCCGCUCAUGCUGCUCGCCACCGCCCUGAAGAUGAACAUGAACCUGCGGGAACUGUACUUGGCCGACAACAAGCUCAACGGCCUGCAGGACUCGGCCCAGCUGGGCAAUCUGCUCAAGUUCAACUGCUCCCUGCAGAUCCUCGACCUCCGCAACAACCACGUGCUGGACUCAGGUCUGGCCUACAUCUGCGAGGGCCUUAAGGAGCAGCGGAAGGGGCUGGUGACCCUGGUUCUGUGGAACAAUCAGCUCACGCACACAGGCAUGGCCUUCCUGGGCAUGACGCUGCCCCACACCCAGAGCCUGGAGACCUUGAACUUGGGCCACAACCCCAUCGGCAACGAGGGUGCGCGGAGCCUCAAGAAUGGCCUCAUCAGCAACCGCAGCGUGCUGCGCCUCGGCCUGGCCUCCAGCAAGCUGACCUGCGAGGGCGCGGUGGCCGUGGCGGAGUUCAUCGCCGAGAGCCCCCGCCUCCUCAGACUGGACCUGCGGGAGAACGAGAUCAAGACGGGCGGGCUCAUGGCGCUGUCCUUGGCUCUCAAGGUGAACCACUCGCUGCUGCGCCUGGACCUCGACCGGGAGCCCAAGAAGGAGGCGGUGAAGAGCUUCCUGGAGACGCAGAAGGCGCUGCUGGCCGAGAUCCAGAGCGGCUGCAAGCGCAAUUUCGUGCUGGCGCGGGAGCGCGAGGAGCAGGCGCAGCUGUCUGCGGCCAUGCCCGAGAUCACGGUCACGGCCGCCCCGGCCCACGGGGACCCCGACCUCGCGCCCCCGCCCGCUGCAGCCCGCGCCCACGAGAACGGGGCCCCGGCUGGCCCCGAGCCGGACUCGGAUUCAGACUCAGACUCGGAGCGGGAGGAUGGGGAGGAGGAGGAGGCGGCUGCAGAGCAGGCAGUCGCCCCCUGCCCGGCCCUGGUGCCCCCCAGCAGCCCCUCCUCCCCUGCUGAGCAACGCAUUUCCGUGUCCAGCCCCGGCCGGGGCCACAAAGUGUUUGUGGUGACCCGGGUGGAGAGUCCCCCGGAGAGAGUGGACGCCCCCCUGCUGCCUGCCCCGCUCUCCCCACCCUCUGAGGCCAGGGCACCCCAGGACUCCGGCACUCCGGAGCCUCCGCCGCCACAGGAGCCGCCGCUGGCAGGUCAGCCACUGCCCAACGGCCUGAAGCCCGAGUUUGCCCUCGCCCUGCCCCCAGAGCCGCCCCCUAGGCCCGAGGUCAAGGGGAGCAGCUGUGGCCUGGAACACGAGCUGAGCUGCUCCCGGAAUGAGCAGGAGCUCGAGAAGCUGCUUCUGGAAGCCAGUCAGGACUCCGGGCAGGAGACACUGUGACACUUUAGUUCCUUUUUUUCCAGGGGGUCUUCAAGGAGCUGAGGCCAGAGCCAUGAGACACUGCUGGCCCUUCCCCCCAGCCUCCGGAGGCCUGGACACCGGGGUGGGGCCUCCCUGGGGACCCUGCCCCCCAACACUACAGGGGGCGGACGCCCAGAGCAGGGCCCUGCCGCCCCACCAGAGCAUCCCUGUGUGUGUCUGGCCGUGGGGGGAGCUGGGGGCACCGGGAGGCG